UGGAAGCGGUACACUCGCAAAUGAAAGAGUGAGUCUAAGAGCAGAGCGUAGCCUGUCAACUUUGGCAACGUGUUCUUCUCUCCCAAUUCUCUGCAACAAACUCUCUCUCUCUCUCUCUUUCUCUCUCUUUCCACUCUGUGGACUUUCUUUCUGAUCUCUUUCUCCCAUUUCUUCUCUUCCCACUUUUCCUCUCUACUCUCUAGUCUCAGUAGUCUUUUUGCCUUAGAUAAAGCCAUGUGCGGAAUCUUGGCUGUUCUGGGUUGCUCUGAUGAUUCCCAGGCCAAAAGAGUUCGCGUUCUCGAGCUCUCUCGCAGGUUGAAGCACCGUGGUCCGGACUGGAGCGGGCUGUACCAACAUGGGGACUGUUACUUGGCACACCAGAGGCUGGCAAUCAUUGAUCCUGCCUCGGGUGAUCAGCCUCUCUAUAACGAGGACAAAACGAUUGCUGUAACGGUAAAUGGAGAAAUCUACAACCAUGAGGAACUCAGGAAGCAGUUGCCUAACCACAAGUUUUGGACUGGGAGUGACUGUGAUGUCAUUGCACAUCUCUAUGAAGAACAUGGAGAGAACUUUGUGGACAUGUUGGAUGGAAUAUUUUCCUUUGUUUUACUUGAUACUCGCGACAACAGCUUCUUUGCUGCUCGUGAUGCUAUUGGGGUUACUUCCCUCUACAUCGGAUGGGGGCUUGAUGGCUCUGUCUGGAUAUCAUCUGAACUAAAGGGUUUGAACGAUGACUGUGAACAUUUUGAGGUGUUCCCACCAGGGCAUCUAUAUUCGAGCAAGUCUGGUGGUCUUCGCAGGUGGUACAAUCCUCCUUGGUUCUCUGAGGCUAUUCCAUCAACUCCUUAUGACCCCAUGGUUUUGAGGCGCGCCUUUGAAGACGCUGUGAUUAAGAGGCUGAUGACUGAUGUGCCUUUCGGAGUUCUUCUUUCUGGAGGCCUCGAUUCAUCGUUAGUUGCUUCUAUCACUUCUCGUUAUUUGGCAGGCACAAAAGCUGCCAAGCAAUGGGGAGCUCAGCUGCAUUCUUUCUGUGUUGGCCUUGAGGGAUCACCGGAUCUGAAGGCUGCAAGAGAAGUUGCGGAUUAUUUGGGAACGGUUCACCACGAUUUUCACUUCACUGUUCAGGAUGGAAUUGAUGCGAUUGAGGAUGUUAUUUACCAUAUUGAGACUUAUGAUGUCACAACAAUCAGGGCAAGCACUCCAAUGUUCCUUAUGUCGCGCAAGAUUAAGGCACUCGGAGUGAAAAUGGUCAUAUCUGGUGAAGGAUCCGACGAGAUUUUUGGUGGGUACUUGUACUUCCAUAAGGCCCCCAACAAGGAAGAAUUUCAUCAAGAGACUUGUCGAAAGAUAAAAGCCCUUCACCAAUAUGAUUGCUUGAGAGCCAAUAAGGCAACAUCUGCGUGGGGCUUAGAAGCUCGAGUCCCAUUUUUGGACAAGGCAUUCAUCGAUGCUGCCAUGAGCAUCGAUCCUGAAUGGAAGAUGAUAAAACCCGAGGAAGGACGGAUUGAGAAGUGGAUUCUUAGAAGGGCCUUUGAUGACGAGGAGCAUCCCUAUCUACCAAAGCAUAUUCUGUACAGGCAGAAGGAGCAAUUCAGCGACGGUGUAGGCUAUAGCUGGAUCGAUGGACUCAAAGCCCACGCCGAACAGCAUGUGACUGACAAGAUGAUGUUGAAUGCUGCAAAUAUCUAUCCUCACAACACCCCUACAUCGAAGGAAGCAUACUAUUAUCGAAUGAUCUUUGAGAGGUUCUUCCCGCAGAACUCAGCCACGCUAACUGUUCCCGGGGGAGCGAGUGUGGCCUGCAGCACAGCAAAAGCCGUCGAGUGGGAUGCUUCAUGGUCCAAGAAUCUUGACCCUUCAGGGAGGGCUGCCAUCGGUGUACACAACUCCGCUUACAAGAACCAACCGCCUCCUGCUGUUGCUGCUACUACUACUGCAAACAUCAUUGAGAACGUGCCUCGAAUGAUGGAAGUCUCUGCUCCAGAGCUCACAAUUCGGGGCUAAUAUCAUCUCAUCUCCCUUCAAAUCGAAGCUUAGCUUCUCACUCGAUCUGCUUAUGAGCUGUAGUAGAAGUAAGUGUCUCUUUUAGGCGCGGUGCUGAGUGGUAUUAUUAGGCUGUGUAUAAAUAAGAGCCCUUCCUUGUGGUGGUGUUGUAGAGGUGUUGUUUGUGUAAGCUGUGUUUUCUCUCUUUGUACUGUUUAUCAAGGCUGCUUCUGUUAUGCUUUGUAUGAAAAGUUUAACCUUGUUAUUAUGGCUUCUUCGUUAUCA